AUGCCAACAGUUGACUUGGGAUACUCUCAGUAUCGAGGAAUCUCACUUUCCAACGGUGUUGACCAAUUUCUCGGAAUGAGAUACGCAAAGGCACCCUUGGGUGACUUGCGAUUUCGAGGUCCCGAGGAUCCAGAAGAUACUGAGGGGGUUUUGGAAGCCACAUCGUUUGGACCCCUUUGUGUGGGGGUUGGAGAGUCAACAAAUGAUUCCUUGGCAGAAGACUGUUUACUUAUCAAUGUCUGGCGGCCAACGAAUGUGAGUGCGGAUUCCAACCUCCCUAUCUGGCUGUUUAUUCAAGGGGGUGGAUAUGCCAACAAUGCGAAUGGCAACUAUAACGGCAGCGAGGUCGUUCAGCAGUCUGGUCAAAACAUUAUCUUUGUCAAUUUCAAUUACCGCGUCGGUGUCCUUGGAUUCCUUGCCAGUGAGCACGUGAGGCAAAAUGGACAUCUCAAUGCUGGACUGCUCGAUCAGCGGAAGGCACUCCAUUGGGUUCAAAAACACAUUCGCAAAUUUGGAGGCAAUCCGGACCAUGUUGUCAUUCACGGCGACUCCUCUGGUGCAGGCUCAGUCGCCUAUCAUCUCACCGCGUAUGGUGAGCGCAAUACAGAUCUUUUCAUCGGGGCAGUAGCAGAGUCGCCAUUCUGGCCUACUCAACGAACAGUUGCACAGAUGGAGUUCCAGUACGACCAAUUCGUGAAAGAUACCAGCUGUUACAAAGCAAAUGACUCCUUGACGUGUUUGCGUUCUGUGGAUAUCAGAACGAUCCAAAAGUUCAACGUCGAUAAGCCAUUCCCAGGGGGCAGUCCCACGCCAGUCCCCCGGUGGUAUUUUCUUCCUGUUGUUGAUGGAGACUUGAUCCAGGAUCAACUUUCCAAUCUUUUCAGUCAAGGGAAGUUUGUUCAAGUGCCUUUAUUAGUCGGAGAUGAGACAAAUGAGGGCACAGACUUUGCAUACAAUGCAACCAACAAGUUUGAAGUGGCCCAGUUUAUGAAGAACAAUUAUCCCGGACUCUCUCAUGACCAACUCGACACUAUCAAUAAUGCAUACGAACAUGAGGAACCUCUUCCUAAGCACGCGGCUUAUUUCGCAUCGGCUGCGGGCGCUUAUGGAGAUUCGACUUUCACUUGCCCAGGGAACUUUAUGACUGCGGCGAUGGCGAAAUCAUCUUAUUUCGCCUGGAAUUAUAGAUACAAUGUUCGUGACCCCACAAAGAUUGCAAAUGGGAUGGGUGUUUCUCACAUAUUUGAUUUGCCCGCGAUUUUUGGUAUAGGGGAAACCAAUCAGCCAACCUAUUCAUAUGCCAGCUCUAACGCAAAAAUCGUGCCCAUCACCAUGAACUACUACUUGAGCUUUAUCAGAGUCUUAGACCCCAACAUUUUUCGCUUCAGGGAUGCCCCUGAAUGGCAACCGUGGGGCUCAGGAGCCGGGCAGCGACUCAGGCUCCAGACAAAUUCGACCGAGAUGGAACCUAUUCCCCGCUUGGAGGUCGAGCGUUGCUCAAUGUGGAAGGAUUUUGCAGCAGAUAUGCAGCAAUGA